AUGGGAAUUCAAGCGCUUGAACUGAUGCAUCACUACACGGCGAUUGCUCAUCGUACCUUGGCAGUCCAUGAUCAGAUUGCUAAUGUACUCCUACACGAUGUCCCGCAGGAGGCGCUUUCUUGCCCUUUUCUCCUGACACAAUUAUUAUCAUUCGCCGGAUUCCAUAAAGCGUACUUGCAGCCUGCUCGCCGUCAAUCGUAUUUCUUGUCCGCUUCCUUUCAUCAAGCGCAGGCUCUGAACGACAUGAGGCAGACUCUAAUAGAGCCAAUCACACCAAGCAACUGCCACGCCUUGUAUGCUUCUGCCAUUUUUCUGGCUGUCAGUACAUUAGCCAAGCUACCAAGCUACGAAAUAUACAGCCACGGCUUCGAUCCCUUGAACAGGCUGCUCGAGGUUUUUGUUCUGGUUGAUGGCAUGGGCAUCAUUUUGAACUCAUCAAACCACCAUCUUCGAGCCGGUCCACUGCGGGGGCUUUUCGCGAAGCCAUGGACCAAGACCACUCUUUCAAAUCACCUGAGCAUUAUCAGUCGUCAGCUUCCCGCGUUACGAUCCAAGGUCUCUCAGGAUCUGAAGAACUGGGAUGAGGACACACUGAUUGCGAUUGAAGCAAUCGACACCCUCAUUGACAGCGUGGAUACGGUACAAGAAGCGCACACACUUACUGCAUCAGCCGAGCUUCGAGCCGUUUUCCUCUGGCCUAUCAUGGUCUCCAACCAGUAUUUGAUUCUGGCACAGAAACGACAUCCCCUAUCUUUGGUUGUUCUCGCGUAUUAUUGUGUUCUUCUCCGUUUGGCGGAAGAGUAUUAUUGGUUUUUAAAAGGCUGGGCAGGAACCGUCAUGACGCAGCUUUUUCAGGAACUUCACGGCACUCCUUGGACAGAUCUUUUAUCUUGGCCUUUACAAGUCAUUCUAUAUCAUCGUUGA